GUAAGCAAGCAGCUUCCACAAACUUUGUGUUUCCCCUCUUCUCAUCGUGCUAUCACUGUAAAAAGUCCGCCCUUUCUAUCCUGUAACGCCGCACCAUCAGAAACUUCGCUAACGUACGCCACCACCAAAAAAUGCCGGCCGGCGAUCUGGGGUACCCUACUCCGCCGCCUUCCCAAGCGACGGAAACACCCGUGGAGGAAGACGAUGCGUGGGUGUGGGCACAGAUAAAAGCGGAGGCACGCCGCGAUGCCGAGUCGGAGCCGGCUCUAGCUAGCUACCUCUACUCUACGAUCCUAUCUCACUCCUCUCUGGAGCGCUCGCUUUCCUUCCAUCUCGGCAACAAGCUCUGCUCCUCCACGCUGCUCUCGACGCUCCUCUACGAUCUCUUUCUGAAUACUUUCUCCUCUGACCCUUCUCUUCGAGCUGCCGCCGUCGCCGAUCUCCGAGCGGCUCGCGUUAGGGACCCUGCUUGCGUCUCAUUCUCUCAUUGCCUGCUUAAUUAUAAGGGAUUCUUGGCUUGCCAGGCUCAUCGAGUAGCACACAAGUUGUGGACUCAAUCACGUAGGCCGCUAGCAUUGGCGUUACACUCUCGAAUCUCUGAUGUCUUUGCUGUUGAUAUACAUCCCGCGGCAAAGAUUGGGAAGGGGAUUUUGUUUGAUCAUGCCACUGGAGUGGUGAUUGGUGAGACCGCGGUUGUUGGUAACAAUGUGUCAAUCUUGCAUCAUGUUACACUUGGUGGGACUGGGAAGGCAUGUGGGGAUCGGCAUCCCAAGAUUGGAGAUGGGGUGUUGAUUGGGGCUGGUGCAACCAUAUUAGGGAAUGUGAAGAUUGGGGAAGGAGCAAAGAUUGGAGCAGGGUCAGUGGUGCUGAUUGAUGUGCCACCUCGGACCACAGCUGUAGGGAACCCAGCAAGGCUCGUGGGAGGGAAGGAGAAACCCUCAAGGCACGAGGAAUGCCCUGGAGAGUCCAUGGAUCAUACUUCAUUCAUCUCUGAGUGGUCAGAUUAUAUCAUUUGAUCACCCAGUUUCAGUUUUGUUAAUUGUUUACUAUUUAUACUUCUGUUUCGCAUCCUAUGAUGUUGAAGCUAUUAAAAAGUGUAAUCUGUUUCUUAUUUACUUUAAGCUUCGAUUAUACAGCGAGGCCUUGAGUUAUGAUCAUGUACUGAGAUAUGUUGACAAUAAAGUAAUACUAAUUUUAGUAACUGGAUCAUCUGG